AUGCAUACCGGCAGUUACAUUCUCAUCCCUGGCUACAACGUGAAUCCUCAAUUUUCACUCGCGAUGCGCAUGGAUUUGCCAUGUUCCCGCAUGCAUCUUGCCUUCGAAGCAGGCCCUAUUCCACCGAGAAACAAAAGCUCCAUCUCGCGUAAAGGCGCCCCAAACGGCAUCUGUGCCCCUGCGACUCAUGUCACUGCAGUGAUAUUCCCUAUUACAACCCUUUUCAGAACCAUUCACGGCAGUCUUAACCGUCUAUUUGUCUUGGCUUCUCGAUAUUGUUUUGUCUUAUCGUGCCUCACAUAUCGAUUUUACGAGAUCUGA